GCGUGAGACGGUCGACGUGGCCGGCACCUCGCCCUCGCAUCGCACUCCUACCUCGACUUCCUCCCAGGUGGGCUGUCGGCACCAUGACGUUCUGGCAAGAGAACUACGGCUUCGUCAAGGAAGUGUACGACUUCCGUUGCUCUAAGUACCUGGAAUGGAUGGACAACAUCGAGGCUAUCAUCGGCAAGGUGAUGGCAAACACCCAGUACACCGCCAAGGAGUUCAAGAUUAUCAAGGACACCUUCACUUCGCUGUGCCGUGACUUGGAAAAGGAGGGGACCAAGUCUUGGCUGGACAUGAUGCUGGACAAGCUCUCCACACACAGCAACGACAAUGAGGACAACUUGUCAGGCCGCGACAAGGCUAUGAAAGCUCAGGAGAAGAAGAAAUUGGAGGCCAUGAUAGAGCGUCACAACGGGCUCAUGGGACCUACCAUGGAGGCACAGAGUAAAGUCGAUCAUUACUCGGAGUGUUACGCGUUCGGUGACGACAUCCACCCUGUCAUGAAGGUCCUCAACGAGCAGCGCCACCUGUCCUGCAAGGAGAUCCACCCUCACAAUAUGGACAUGUGUGAGGAGCAGAUCGAGAAGCAAGAGAAGGUGCUGAGGACCAUUGAGAACCAGGCCCCCAUCUACAACGAACUGAAGCGCCGCGGCCAGAAGCUCAUGUCCAACCCCAACGCGCCGUCUUUCCUGGAGCGUGAGAUAAAGAAGCUGGAGGAGACAUGGAAGGAUACCAACCAAAAGGCUCAGGAACGUAUCGCUCUUCUUAACUUCACCUUCAAGGAUUGGGAGACCUAUGAGCACCAGCGCCAGGCCAUCUACACUCCCAUCGAGGCCCUGGAGGAGCAGUUCAAGACCUACAAGAGAAUCUACGAUCCUAAGAAAGGCACGGACUGGCUGGAGAGGAAGAAGAAAAAGGCCGCCGAGUUCAAGAAGUCUGGACUGGAUAUUUAUGAUAUCAUCACCAAAAGUUUCAAGACCAUUGUGAGCUUGGCGGGCGAGGACAAGCGCGAGUUCAUGGAGAAGGAAAUUCUUGAAAUCGACGAAAGGAAGACCAUCAUUGAGAAGGUGGACAAGACUCUCGCUGAGCUCACGGAGUUCAACAAGACGCUACACAAGUUCGUGGACACUUUGGCUGAGCUGCGCGCCUGGAUGAUGCCGGCGUGCGAGAAGCUCAACUUCAUCACGGGCUCUACUGACCUGUCCCCGGAAGACCGUGUGAAGGAGAUCUUUGACCUCCAGGGACAGGUCAACGAGAGACUGCCAUUGUUGGAGCCACUGGAGGCCGAGUGUCACCUCCUGUUUGACGUUCCGGCUGUCGAAGGCGAAGAGUCCGAGGAAGGCCAGACCAAUGAGACAGCACUUAAUCACAUGAAGGAGUUCUUCACCAUUAAGGAGACCAUCACUGACCUGCACGAGAAGGUGGAGAUGGAGGCGGGAUCUAUCACGCAGGACCAGAAGUACUUCGCCGACUACUUGCACGGCGUCAAGAACUUCAAGCCCUGGAUGGACAGCGCCGAGACUGUGGCCAAAACUGCCCUGGUCAAGCCUUCUAAGAUUGAGGACGCCUUCGCUCUCUUGGAGACUGUCAAGAAAUUCCAGGAAGGAUGCUCAGAAAACAAAGGCAAGCUGGACGCUGCCGCGGAUUCCAGGUCACACAUGGAGAAACAGACCAAGGCUGACAACGAAGUGGAGACGCUCACCAGUCGCUGGGACACCGUCAAGAAGGUGGCCGAUGAUCGCGUGACUAAGAUCCAGGAGCUGUGUGACACGUGGUCUGAGCUGAAGAAGGUCACCGAUAACCUAACAGAGACCAUUGCCAACGUACCCGGAAUUGACACCCCCGACGUGUCCUCUCUGGAAGAUAUUUUCAAGACGUUCAAGGAAAUCAACGACAAGAAGGUGAAGCUGCUCCAGGCUGUCUAAAUCCCGCCGGCCAUCUGGGAGGAGGAGGAGAAGAAAGAGCAAAGGAAAAGGAGGAGGAGGUACGAUGCGCAGGCGUGAAGGGAGGAACGAGGCGUGUGUCCUUCCAUUCCUCGCUUGAUUGGGGACAUAUUUUCCUAUCCCCGAGGCGUGUGUGGUUUGUGGUGUGUGGGAGAGAGUGUGGUGAAUGCAAGAAUGAGUAACAGGGGGCGUGGUGUACAACAUGUCGGUAGGGAAGGAUCGUCUCGUUCCUCCCUUUAAAAUUCCAUAUAAAAAAAAUUUCUGGCGUCAAGGAAGGGACGAGAUAUUAUCAGUGUGUUGUGCGAAAUGGACGAGGAGGGGCGCGGAGCCCUCGCUGCCACGGUGCACGCGUCUAGCAACAGACCCUGCCCUGGGACAAGUGAAUAUGUGUGUGUGUAUAUGUGUGUGCGUGAGAGAGAGAGAGAGACAGAGAGAGAGAGAGAGAUGAAAAGAGAAACAAAAGGACCUUUCACAAUAUCUUGAGACUCCCUUUUACCAGACAAAGAAGACAUGGAGAGCAGACCAGUUUUUGAGGACUCGCCCAAACACUGCCAUCUCGCGGUGGUCACGUGCUUCAUUGCUCCGCCGCAUGCCUUCUGGUGACCUUUUGAAUGUCCCUAGACCAAGGCAUCACUACACAUAACGCACACAUGCACACAUACACGUACGUCUUUCCAUCUCUCUACUCUCAGCCCUCUCCCUGCUGACAGAGAGGGCGGGGCUCGGCGCGGCGGGGCGAGGCUGGCAGUAAGAAAUAUUCAUAAAUGAGGGAGGGAGGGAGAUGUGAUGAAUGUUCCUCCCGCCCUGGAGGAAAGAGUAAUGACCUCUGAUAGUCUCCUCAGCCCCGCCAUAAAUUUUCCUCCAGUUCAACUAAGAACCUCAAGGAAGGAGGAAUCACGAUCCAUACAACUACCUUUUUAUUCCUUCAUAUUUUUUUCCCUUAUUAUUUUAUUUUGCUUUCUUUUCCUGUUUUAUGUUUCCAAGUCAUUCGGUAAACCAUUGGCACGUUAUGUUUUUUUGGUUCUCUUUAGUUUUCUUCUGGAUUAUCCCAGAAGAUUUUACUCCAGAACGGAAGAAAAUUUUCUGUAAUACUUUCUCUUCUUUUAUUUUUUUGAGUUCCCCAUAAAAUGAAAACAGUAAAAUAAUCUUUUGAAAGUGAAUAUACCAAGAGGAAUUUAUCACCUUUCCGACACAUGCUUACUAGUGUAUAGUCAUUACGUGAUGUUUUAGUUUUAUAAAGGCAUAUAGAUAGUUCACAAAGAUACAUAUAUACUCGUACCAGACUAACAUCAUAAAUAAUUGUACCAACAGGGGUCUCAGUGCCCUUGUUCCAUCCACUGAAGUCGCCCUUUACGACACGCAGUGGUGGCAGCACUUCCACCUCCACCGUGAAGUGUGAAGCACGGGAGGGAAAUGUCACAUGAGGUUAUAAAGAUACACAUAUUUUCGUCAGUUACCUAUUUAACCUGUACGAGCGCUAUCAUUAGGCGCCACGUGUCCCAGCCAGGUGUAGACAGUCAACCGUCAUCCUAAGCUCUAAGUAGACCUACUCAUAGCGCCACCUUUGUGUUUGAUCUGGAACCUCGAGCAAAUAUUUCACUUUCUACC